UGGGGCCCGGGGGGCGGAGGGAAGGGGCCUGUCGCUGCCUGUCGUCCGCGCUCGCCCCGAGCAGGGACGGACAGGGCCAUGUCGGCGGCGGACGGGGCCCGGGAGAGCAGCAGGGAGCGCUCCGGGGGCGCGGCGGGCGGCGGUGGUCUCCUCAAUCGCUUUGUGCAGCUGCCGGGCAGGCCGCGUCCGGCGGGCCACAGAUCUCCGCCAGCAAGAAGUGGCCAUCGUUGCGUGGCAGAUAACGCCAACCUGUACGUGUUUGGAGGCUACAAUCCUGACUAUGAUGAGUCUGGUGGGCCAGAGAAUGAAGACUACCCACUUUUCAGAGAACUCUGGAGGUACAACUUUGCUACAGGCACCUGGCAUCAGAUGGGCACCGAAGGCUACAUGCCCAGGGAGCUAGCCUCCAUGUCACUGGUGUUGCAUGGGAACAACCUCCUGGUCUUCGGGGGCACCGGGAUCCCUUUUGGGGAGAGCAACGGCAACGACGUCCACGUCUGCAACGUCAAGUACAAGAGAUGGGCUCUGCUCAGCUGCAGGGGCAAGAAACCCAACCGGAUCUACGGGCAGGCCAUGGCCAUCAUCAAUGGCUGUCUCUACGUCUUUGGAGGAACCACUGGUUACAUUUACAGUACCGACCUGCACAAGCUAGACCUCAACACCAGAGAGUGGAUCCAGCUGAAACCAAACAACAUGUCCUGUGACAUGCCAGAGGAGAGGUACAGACAUGAAAUCGCUCACGAUGGUCAACGGAUUUAUAUCUUGGGAGGUGGAACUUCCUGGACAGCUUAUUCCUUAGAUAAGAUCCAUGCCUACAACCUGGAGACCAACACCUGGGAGGAAAUUGCUACAAAACCUCAUGAAAAAGUUGGCUUCCCAGCAGCCAGAAGAUGCCACAGCUGUGUCCAGAUCAAAAAUGAUGUCUUUGUCUGUGGGGGCUAUAAUGGAGAAGUGAUUCUGGGAGACAUUUGGAAGCUGAACCUCCAAAGCUUCCAGUGGGUCAAGCUCCCAGCUCUCAUGCCAGAGCCAGCCUAUUUCCACUGUGCUGCUGUCACACCAGCUGGCUGCAUGUACCUUCACGGAGGGGUGGUCAACAUCCAUGAAAACAAACGGACUGGCUCACUCUUCAAAAUGUGGCUGGUGGUCCCCAGCCUGCUGGAACUGUCCUGGGAGAAGCUGCUGGAAUACUUCCCUCACCUAGCAACCCUCUCCAGAGCUCAGCUUUUGCACCUCGGACUGACGCAGGGACUGGUGGAGCGACUAAAAUGAGACCAUCUCCAGCUCACCACUUCUGUCCCAGAUGUGCUAGAUUCAAGAAGUCCCCUUCCUGCCCACCUGCCCUUAUUUAUGGAUACCAUGGAUGGUCUUGCUAAGGAGGAUCACAGAAGCUGGAGGAACCUGCUCAACGCCUUACUCAGCAAAUACAUUGAUGCCUUCCUAGGAAUUUUUAACUUCAGUUGUUGAGAGUUAAAACCCACAAAUCCACUUUUCCUUUGUGGCUCUGGAAAUGGCCCCACGAAUCAGUAACACCCUGGGACUCAGCCAGCAAAGUGUCACCAGCACCUUGCUUGUCACUUAGCCUGGGGAGCUUCAGGAAUGCCCAAGCCCCUGCUUCCAUGUGGUACCUUCAACUUAGCCUUUUCCCCACCUGUAUCUAACAGAGAGCAGUGCAAAGCAACAGCCAACCUGAUCUUCUCCUCUCCAGUGACACCCAUCCUGCUAACUCCCAGCUGAGCUCUCCCUCUCAAACUCCAACACCUCCUGCUUCAAAGGCUUUGCAUGUGUUCCAUGGGCAUGUUCCCUCCUCUUUGAGCUUCAGAAGACGGCUGGAACGUCGUGGGGGGGGGUGGGCAGGGAGCCAAGCUUUGCUUGCUCAGCUUCUCCUGGUGCCCAGUGUGCAGAUGUUUGAGACAACCCCCCCUUGUCUGUGCUCCUUCACCUUUUCAUAUUGAAAGGUUUGCUUGGAAGACUGGUUAGAAGUUGCCCACUUUAAUGGACUACUGUGUAGUUUACUGGGGGUGGCUGUGGGGAGGGAAGAAGUUUUGCUGACUCUUUUCUUAACCCUUUCUGCUCAUCUGAGCUAACAGCAGAAAAACAACAACCAACCAACCCAAACAACCCUCACCCUGUGGCUUCAGAGCUGUCUCAACCUUCAGCUUCUCCUACCCAGCUCAAGUCCUGCUUAUCACCAGCUAACUUCUGGCAUGACCCUGGAAAGCUUUUUGGGUUGUUUCUGUGUUUCCUUGUUUGUUUCCUCCCCUCCUUCUUCCUUUGUUCUCUUAUUUUCUUGUUUCCUUUCUUGCUUGUUUGUUUCCUCUUUUUUUUCCCUUGUUUCCUCCCUUCCCUUCUUGCAUUUCUGUCCUCCCCUCCUUGUUUACUUCCACCCUUCAGUCUUUUUCCCCCUUAUCUUUGUAUUCCUGCUGGGGGUGAGAGAUGUUACUGGUGCCUGUGGUUUUCACGUGGAGCCUUGGAAGCCUCAGAGAGCACAAACCCAGGAAGCACAGAAAAAGGGGAGAGGGAGCAGUGAGAGAGAAGAGGAAGGGAUCUCCAAUCUCUUACCUCGCUGUGCUUCUGCUACUGUGAAAUCUCCUCUAGAGACCAUGGCUAAGUGGCCACUAAACUCUGAGCAGCUGCUCUGGGCUGGCAUCAGCUUCAUACAAAACCCUUUUCAGUUGAAGACCAUUUUUAAAGUGCCUUUUGUUUGGUUCUUUUGGUUUGGUUUUGUUUUUAAAGGAGCUUUUCUUAGACCCUUCCAGCAGCACAGGCGAGGUCUAGGUGCCAGGGGUUUAAUUCUUUUUAAAGGACUGCAUUUCUCUUGAAAUAAAAUAGAGCAUUGUCCUUGUGUC